AUGGCGACUGAGAAGCUCCAAGUCAUCGGCGGCGCGGCCAACUUUUGGCUCUACUCCGAGGCCGACGGAUACGAUCUCACACACCCUCCUACCCCAGAUUCCCCUCCCAUACGGCCGCGGCUGUCGCUUGAGACGACUACUGGCUGUGCGACCAUCGACCCUGCCAAGACCGCCCUAGUGGUGGUGGACCUCCAGAACUACUUUCUCUCCCCAUUGUUGGGUCGUCCAGCCGACAGCGUUGGCUUGAGAGUGGUCGAUGCGCUCCUCGAGCACGCGAUCCCAGCAUGCAGGAAGGCUGGCAUUCCCGUCGUGUGGCUGGGCUGGGGCUUGACGGAGCAGGACAUUGAGGGGAUGCCACCGACCAUCAUCAAGGGCUUUUCGGCCGACAACAACUUCGGAGACCACAAGAAGGUCGGGGGUCUGGGUUCCGAGAUUGGACCGUUGGAGCUAGAGGACGGGGAGGUCAUUGACGGUGGCCGGGUCAUGAUGCGAGACCAGUGGAAUACUGCCUUCCACGCCAAACUGGCCGAUGCGGCGAAGGUUCAAGACAUCUGGGUCUACAAGAAUCGCCUGUCGGGAUUUUGGGAUGGAACGAACGUUGAGAAAGCGCUGGCGGAUCGUGGUAUCAGGACCCUGAUUUUCUCUGGCGCGAACACUGACCAGUGCGUUGGCGGCAGCCUCCAGGAUGCUUUCACAAAGGGUUGGGACUGCCUCAUGCUAAGCGACGGGUGUGCAACGACAAGCCCCGAGUACUGCAAGCAGUGCAUCGAGUUCAACUGCGAAGGGGGUUGGGGCUUUGUGUUGAGCUGCAAAGAGUUGGCUGACGGAGUCGACAAAAUGCAGGUCUCAGAUCAAGAAUGA